AUGGAUCCCUAUGGCUCUGCUCUGAACCGGAGUCAUUCUUUGGCCAGUGGUUUGGAGAAAACAUCCCCCACAUGGAACAAGCCCCCACACUCUCGAAGCAGCAGCACAGUCUCCUCCCCUCACUCCAGACUGAUCAUCAAAGACUGGGAGAUAAUUGACGACCUCCAUGUUGAAACAAAUGCAGCAGGAGACAGUCUUCAGGACAUGACUACUCCAGGCAUCUGUGAGGGGUACCUGCUCAAGAGGAGGAAGUGGCCUCUGAAGGGUUGGCACAAGAGAUAUUUUGUCUUAGAAGCUGGGAUUUUGAGAUACUCCAAAAGUCAACAUGAUGUGUCAAGAGGACGUGUCCAGGGGUCAUUAGACAUAAGCCAUGCAGUCAUGUCAAUAAAUAAAAAAUCCAGUCGGAUUGAUUUAGAUGCAGGGGAUAUUCUUUACCAUAUGAAGGCCAAAAAUCAUGAACUUUUUUACAUUUGGGUGACAAAGCUACAAGCCCAUCGUUCGUACAAGAAAAAUUCACAAGUUCACAGUGGGUUCCUCCAGUCCCUGACAAACAGCACUUCCAUUAUAACCAAUGGAAUUAGUAGCUCCAAAAACCUGACUGUCCCAAAUGCACCAAAGCCCCCCUCACCGUACACAGCGGUGAACAGCAAAGUAGCUGCCUGGCUCCAACAAUCACACACCCCAGAGACUUGUGCUCAAGAGCUGAACAGGUGCCAUUUGGACCUGUCUGAGUUAAAUCGUUUAAUCCAGAGGUUGCAGGCUUUGGAAACAGGCCAAAUCGUUGGUAAUGGAGAUCUGCAGCGGAUCAUUAGCAUUCAGAAUUUGUCACUUGAAAAGCCCAAAAGACCAAGGUCAGCAAAAAUGUGGGGUCAUUCACGCACAUUGUCAAGAGUCGAAGCCCUGGGACUGCCUGUUCGGGGGAUUCCCAAAUCGCUGUCUUCCAGUCAGUUGAGUAGCUCAUCACAGCUCGACGCAUCAGUCCCUUCUAUACCGGACUAUGUUUACUCACAGUUAGCUCCACCCACUGCUUUAUCACCCGAGAGCAAGAAACUACAGCAGGACAUCUGCACCACGUCACUGCGAGUGCUUUCUUCCCUGAAGUCAGUUCAUGAGACCCUCUCACAGGAGCGUCAAAAACUUCAAGAAGUUUGGGAAACAAACAACUUGAACCAUCUCACAUUACCUGUAGUAAGUCAGUUAUUGUCUCUGUUCCAUGGACCUCUUUACUGUUUAUAGUUCACACUGUCCUCCUCCUCUCCACAGACUGAGGCUGUCAGGUCCCACGGUGCUCCAUCUGUGGCAGAUUCAGCGGCUGAAUAUUUUGACGCCAGCGAUGAUCUGCGGUGUGGGAGUUCAUCUGAGGUCACGGACGAGUCUGGACUCAGCGACGGGAGCACCACAAACUCUGAGCCAGAGGAGGGCCAUGCAUUGGCCACUCGUAAAUAUCGUGCCAGCAUUUCCAAAGCCCCUCACAGUGUCCCCCCCAAAAGCACAGGACGAAGGACCAAAUUGCCCACAUACUGUCCCGACAACAGCCAUGUGGGCCUAGUCGCUAUCCUGUACAACAACAUAGGCAAGGAUCUGGCUCGAGUGUCGAUGCCCGCUGCUCUGAAUGAACCGGUGAACCUGCUGCAGAGACUGUGUGAGGAGCUGGAGUACAGUGAGCUCCUGGACACAGCAGCCAAUACACCAGACCCCUACCACAGGAUGGUUUACAUUGCUGCCUUUGCCAUCUCCGGUUACUCUACGGCCACUUUCAGAAACCGUUACAAACCCGUCAACCCAGUGCUUGGAGAGACAUUUGAAUGUAUAAGACAGGACCGCGGCUUUAGGCUCAUCAGUGAACAGGUUUGCCAUCAUCCUCCCAUUUCAGCCUGUCACGCCGAAUCGGACAAUUUCACCUUCUGGCAAGAUCAAAGGUGGAAGAAUAAAUUCUGGGGGAAGUCCCUGGAAAUCUUGCCAACGGGAAUGGUCAACGUCACUCUUCCAAAAUAUGGAGAUCACUAUGAGUGGAACAAGGUGGUGACGUGCAUUCAUAACGUCUUCAGUCAGCAAAGAUACCUGGAGCACUACGGAGAGGUCACCAUUCAAAACCUCAACAACAGCACCUGCACCUGCAAGAUCACGUUUGUCAAGUCUCGCUAUUGGGGUUCAGACACAAACAAAAACGAGGUGCAGGGGACGGUGCUGGACGAGAGCGGGAGUGUUAUUCACAGAUUUGGGGGUCUGUGGCAUGAGGGCAUCUUCUGUGAUACUCUGCCCUCUCCCAAAUGUGUCUGGAAACCAAACCCACAGCCAAAGGAUCACCUCUUGUAUUAUGGCUUCUCUUCUUUUGCAAUGGAGAUGAACGAACUGCCCCCAGAGCUGGAGCCUUUCCUGCCUUUAACCGACACAAGACUGAGACCAGACCAAAGAAUGUUGGAAGAGGGCCUGGUGGACGAAGCAGACAGAAAAAAAGAUGAGAUCGAGGAACUUCAGAGGCUGCGAAGGAAGGAGCUUGCCAAAAAGGGGGAAGAGCAUGUACCUAGAUUCUUCAAGCAAACCAAGGACCAGUGUGGGCGGGAUGUGUGGGUGACCAAUGGGACUUACUGGGAUCUCAGAGAGGACCCAGGUUUUGCAAGUUUAGACUGUCUAAAACUUUGGUGACUUUGCUAUCUAUCUGCAUAUUUAAAGGUCCUAUAUUACGCAAACCUGACUCUUGUGAGCUUUAAGGUGUGUUAGAAUGUAUCUGCCUCCUCAAAAACAUACCUGGAGUUGUGUUUUAUUUCAUUCAUCCUUUAUUAUUAGUCUGUCUACAUCUCCAAACCUCAAAAUGUUCUGUAAGUUAACAGCUACAUUUUACCUUUAAUUCAGGAGAGAUUGUCAUUUCCAGGUCUGAAAUCAUCCAGAUGACACUAGUUAAGAUGUAAAAACACAAUGACACAUUUAUUGUAUUACCACAUGACAUCACAAGGUGGAACAGAGCCUAAAUAUGCAGUUUAUGUUUGUGUGUUAAACAUGUGAAUAAAACAAAACACAACUCCAGCUAGUUUGUGAUGAGAAAACAACAAUAUAUAUAACUCAGAACAUAGUGUAAUAUGGGCCCUUUAAACAAAUCUUAUAUGUUGAAAUACAGAAAGCAUUCAUGAUCCAGUGAA